AUUACGGAAUUAAUUAUAUAUAGAUGUAUGUUUGCACGUGGUAAUUAUACUUAAAACUAACUAGCUGAUGAAUGUUUUUUAUUUACCAGUUAUUUUCUAUUCCCUUAAAAUUAAUCUGUGUUAUCGUAUCAUAUAUAGUCAUCUGUCAAAUUAAUUUCUUUAUUCUUGUCAAGGAGAGAAAACAUUUUUUCUUAAAGUAUGCUUAUUAAUAUUACUAUUUAUUUUUUUAUUUUAGGUUAGGGGUUUAGGUUAGGUUAUUUUUUAUUUUAGGUUAGUCUGACAUUUUUAGUGAGAAUCCGUUGGUGAACAUUUUUGGAGAACCCCCUUUCGCCAUCAGCUUAUAGCUUAAUGGAUGAAUUUCAGUGAGACCGCCCAAGUAUUUAUGGGAAAUUCUAUUCCGGCUAAUCAAAUUGGGGUAGGUGCUGAUGAAGAUUCGCUAGAAGAACCAAGUUCUACCUACUGGACACAACUACCUGUUGAUAAUACUGAAACCUCGUUCCCGGAUUCAAUAGUACUGGUGGAAAACAGCAGGAGGAUAAAUGAACUGUAUGGGGAGGAGGAAAUCAACUAUUUUGCCAUCGUGGACCCUAGUAAACUACUAGAACAUGCCAGAGGUGCUCGCCUGAAAGAUGUCAAGUUUUUUAAUACCACUUGUUGCUCCAAAUCUUAUGACUUGGCUUACGACUACUAAUGUUCAACUCCGUAGACUUGUAAUUUUGAACCCAACCCAGAAGACAAGGGAAUUCCUGGAUCAAGUAUUGGGAGAAAUUUGCCUUCGUGGAGGACUUUUUGAUGGAACUA